AUGUCCCAGCUACGCUUCGAUGGCCAGGUUGCCGUGGUCACUGGAGCAGGAGGUGGCCUGGGAAAAUCAUAUGCCACGUACCUUGCAUCCCGUGGAGCGAAGAUUGUUGUCAAUGAUCUUGGAGGCUCUGGUCGUGGAGAGGGCAGCGGGAAUAGUCUUGCUGAUCAGGUUGUUGCUCAAAUUGUCUCGUCAGGGGGCCAUGCAGUUGCAGAUUACAACAACGUCGUCGAAGGCGAUAAGAUCAUUCAGACUGCUCUCCAAUCAUAUGGACGCAUCGACAUACUCAUAAACAAUGCAGGCAUAAUUGGCGGCAGCAGCUUCAAGAACAUGACUGACCGUGACUGGGACUUGAUGAUGGCGGUCCAUGUCACCGGCGCUUACAAGUGUACACGAGCUGCCUGGCCGCAUUUCAGGAAACAAAGAUAUGGCAGGAUUGUCAAUACUUCGUCAGGCGCAGGACUUUUCGGCACUACUGCAUCAAGUAGCUAUUCUGCUGCAAAAAUGGCUCUUGUCGCUUUCACCAGAACCCUAGCGCUCGAGGGAAAGAAAUACAAUAUCCACGCAAAUGUCAUUGCCCCUAUUGGUGAGAGCAGAUUGACAGCCGGAGUGUGGAACGACGAAACUCUUCAAUUGCUUGACCCGUCUUCUGUUAUGCCACUGGUUGUUGUCUUGGCUGGCAAGAACUGCAGCGAAAGCGGAUCCAUCUUCGAAGUGGGCGGUGGCCAUAUGUCCAAAAUCAAAUGGGAGCGCUCGAAAGGUGCUGUAUUUGCCGGUGACAGCAACUUCACAGCGCGUUCACUGCUACAAAGAUGGAAUGAAGUUGUUGAUUUUCAGAAUCCUGAGUACCCCGAUGAUGGAUUUUCCCUAGUGGACCUCAUGGAUAGACUGAAACUUGCCUCUCCGAAUCCUCAGACCCCGGAAAUUGAUUUCACUGGUAGGGUCGCGUUGGUCACAGGGGGUGGCGCAGGUCUCGGUCGAAGCUAUUGUCUAGCAUUCGCAAGAGCUGGAGCGUGUGUAGCAGUCAAUGAUCUCUCGAACGCUGAAAAUGUCGUGAAAGAGAUCAUAGCAAACGGCGGCAAAGCUAUUGCCAUACCAAUUUCAGUCGAGGACGGUGAGACCAUUGUAGAAAGGACAGUCAAGGCUUUCGGGCGCGUUGACAUCAUCAUCAACAAUGCGGGAAUAUUGAGAGACAAGGCAUUUCUCAACAUGGAUGAUAAAUCGUGGCACGACAUUAUGGCUAUCCACUUGCGGGCCACAUACAAGAUCACGCGUGCAGCGUGGCCUCUAUUUCAGAAGCAGAAGUAUGGCAGGGUCGUGAAUACUACCUCAUCGACUGGGAUAUAUGGAAGGUUUGGACAGGCGAAUUAUGCUGCGGCAAAAGCUGGAGUCAUCGGUUUGGCUUUCGCAUUAGCACAGGAAGGGGAAAGGUACAAUAUCCAUGUUAACACUAUUGCACCGGCCGCAUACACCAACCUGAGCAAAUCAGUCAUGCCGCCUGAAUUUUCGAAGCUCCUCUACCCCGAGUACGUGGUUCCACUAGUUCUCCUACUUUGUAGCGACAAGCUACCUAACCCUACCGGCAAUGUGUACGAGGUUGGGGGUGGCCAGGUAUCACAGACGCGGUGGAUCAGAAGCGGCGGCUGCGGAUUCCCGCCAGGUGAAACGUUUACUCCUGAACAGGUCCUGCAGAAAUGGGGCCUUGUGACAGCAUUUGACCACCGAGCCGACCAUCCUUCAACACCUGAAGACGGGUUCAAGAAAAUAAAGGCAAACAUAGCGAGUAAUACAUCCUCAUCGAGUGUCAAAAGUCCAAGCCAGAACUACGUUGACGCUAUCAACGCUGCGCUAGCUGGCCCUUCCAAAAAGUCGCAAUUCAGCUAUACGGCCAGAGACAUAGUGCUCUACAAUAUUGGCAUCGGGGCGAAGCACACUCAACUGCCGUUUGUCUAUGAAAACGAUCCCACGUUUCAAGCGCUUCCGACUUUUGGAUCAAUCAUCUCUUACUUUACGGACUCGAUUGAUCUUUUCAAGUCUCUGGUGCCGAACUUCGACCCAGCUAAGAUGCUGCAUGGUGAACAAUAUCUCGAGAUCCUGCAGAUUCCCACCCCAACGGCCGCUACGCUUGUAUCGGAGACUCGGGUGCUGGAGGUGGUUGAUAAAGGACACGCUGCGCUUGUAAAGACAGGAACUACGAGCGUCGAUCAAGCAACCAACCGUAAAGUCUUCUACAACGAAGGUACCACUUUCCUUCGCGGUAGUGGAGGCUUUGGAGGAAGCAGGAACGGCACUGACAGAGGAGCCUCGACGGCUUCCAACAACGUGCCUCCGAGAAACCCAGAUCAUGUUACAGAGGAGACGGUGAGAGUAGAUCAGGCCGUCAUCUACCGUCUAAGCGGUGAUUACAAUCCCCUACAUGUCGAUCCAGACUUUGCCGCAAAAGGUGGAUUCCCGGUGCCGAUCCUCCAUGGGCUUUGUACGUUUGGAAUGGCAGGCAGGGCUGUAUUUGAACGGUUUGGUCAGUUCAAGUCCAUUAAAGUGCGAUUUACGGGCACAGUCUUGCCGGGUCAAACGCUUAGAACAGAGAUGUGGAAAGAGAACAGCAAGGUCAUUUUUCAGACUAGUAUCAAAGAAACUGGAAAACUAGCGCUUGCUGCUGCGGCAGUGGAACUCGUGGAUACAAACGUGACAUCUAAGCUGUAA